AACCGAGCCGAGCGGCCGGUGAGACCCGAACCGAGCCGAGCCGAACCGAGCAGAACAGCCGGCAUGGCCGAGGAGCUCAGCGAGCUGCUGAGGGAGUUCCACGAGGUGAUGGAGGACUUUGAGCGGGGCCCUGCGAGCCAGUACCAGCAGCACCUGCAGGAGCUGAAGAGGAGAGCGGGACAGAGCGUGUAUGACAGUGGCAUCGACGAGCUGGAGAGUGCCAGCACGUCCCCAGGGAGCAGCCUCAACUCCAGCGAGGAGCACCUCAACACCCCAGCUGACACCUUCCCCUCCAAAGCAAAGCUUGGAGACACGCAGGAGCUGGAGGAGUUCAUUGCAGACCUGGAUAAAGCCUUGGAGGAGAUGUGAGCCUGCAAGAGCAGCCCUGAGUGUCCCUGCUGCUGCCUCUGCUUCUGCACCCCUGGGUGGGGACAGUCCUGGGGACAGGGACGGGCACUGGGGACACAUCCAGCCCUGGGACCAGGGUGACAAAGCCCUGCCAGCGCCAGGAGAGGACAGCCUGGGUGGGCAAAGGGGUCUGGGGGGGAGCUGGGCCGCUCCUGAAGCCCCCAGAGUGAUUUUGGGGCAGAUCAGCUUGCAGGACAUCGCUGUGACCUCAGUGUCCCCCCCAGGCUGGGAGCCCCCAUUCCUUGGUGGCAUCUGCCACUGCUGAGCCUUGCUGUGCACGGGGAGCCCCAAAUCGGGCCCCUCUCUGCCCCCCCCGUGCCCCUGCCCCAGCUGCUGCUGUACAUACUGUAAAAAAGGUGGUUGUGCUGUACAGAGGUGGUUCUGUGAGCAGGAUUUUGGAGCUGUGCCUGUGCGUGUCCAUCUCUGGGGUGGGAGCAGGGGUGCCUGGGGCUGGCACUGGAAAAGGGGGAGACCUCAGGGAGGCCAGUUCAAUGCCUGGCUAAGGAGGAAUAGCAGGAAUGCCCUGUCCUCCCUUCCCCUUGGUGCUCAGACAGUGUGGGGUGGGAAAGUCCCUGCCUGUCCCCACCUGCUCAGGGAGCUGCCCCACUGCUGCCAUCCUGCUGGGAUGGA